AUGUCGAAAGCUAAGCCAUCAGUUUCUCGCGUUUACGCAGAUUAUAACCAGCGAAUGCCAAACUCAUACUGGGAUUAUGAUAAUGUAUCGAUCCUUUGGGGCACCUUACAAAAUUAUGAAAUUGUUCGUAAAAUCGGUCGUGGAAAGUACUCAGAAGCCUUUGAAGGUAUCAAUCUUGCUAAUAAUGGAAAGUGUGUUAUCAAGGUACUCAAGCCUGUCAAAAAGAAGAAGAUCAAGAGAGAAAUCAAGAUUCUUCAGAACCUGGCUGGCGGCGAAAACAUUGUCAUGUUGCUAGAUGUUGUGCGUGAUCCAUUGUCCAAAACCCCCUCGUUGAUUUUUGAAUAUGUCAACAAUACGGAUUUCCGUAUCUUGUAUCCCAAACUUACCGACUUUGAUAUUCGUUACUACAUUUUUGAACUGCUAAAGGCUCUUGAUUACUCUCACUCAAAAGGAAUCAUGCAUAGAGAUGUCAAGCCUCACAAUGUCAUGAUUGAUCAUGAGAAGAGACAGCUAAGACUUAUUGACUGGGGUCUUGCCGAGUUCUACCACCCUGGUACUGAAUAUAAUGUGCGUGUAGCCUCGCGAUGCUUCAAGGGUCCUGAGCUUCUUGUCGAUUUGCAGAUGUACGACUAUUCACUUGAUAUGUGGUCUCUUGGUGCUAUGUUUGCAUCUAUGAUUUUCAAGAAAGAUCCUUUUUUCCAUGGCAGCUCCAACUCGGACCAAUUGGUGAAGAUUGCAAAGGUCCUUGGUACUGAUGAACUUUAUCAAUACCUUUAUAAAUAUCACCUGACCCUUGACAGUCAAUAUGAUAAGAUCCUUGGCUCCUAUCCCAGGAGGCCAUGGUCCCGAUUUGUCAACUCUGAAAACUCGCAUCUGGUAUCUGAAGAGGCUAUUGACUUCGUCGAUAAACUGCUUCGUUACGACCACCAGGAUCGAUUAACUGCUAAAGAGGCUAUGGCACACGCAUACUUUGAACCUGUUCGUGCUGCUGCCGCUGCAGCAGCUGCUGCUUCUGGUGGAUCAGUGGUGGCAGGAAAUAAGUAA